AUGGUCAAAGAUAAGAAACUUUACGAUUUGCUCGGAGUAGAGCCAAGUGCGAGUGAAGCAGAGAUCAAGAAAGGGUAUAGAAAACAAGCGUUGAAAUUUCACCCGGAUAAGCCAACGGGUGACACGGAGAAGUUCAAACAAAUCUCGGAAGCUUUUGAUAUAUUGUCGAAUGCAGAGAAGAGAGAAGUAUACGACAAUUACGGUCUAGAUGCCGCUAGAGGCAAUGCACCGGCUGAAGACCCAAGCGCACAUUUUGGUGGAGCAGGUGGUCCAGGAGGAGCAGGAUUUGCCGGGUUUGGCGGUGGAGGCAGAGGAGGUGGAUUCCGUACUGCUGGCGGUGGAGGCUUUUCACAAGCGGAUGCAUUCAACAUCUUUUCGCAAAUGGGCGGUUUCGGUAUGGGAGACGAUGGCUUCACAUUCAGCUCAAGCGGAGGUGGCGGUGGAGGUGGUUUUGGUGGAGCUGGGGGAAAUCCAUUUGGCGGUGCUGGUGGGUUCAGGUCAGCUGGCGGGGGAAUGCCUGGUGGAUUCGGCGGUAUGGGUGGUGGUGGUGGCGGGGCACAACGUAGACCCGAGCCAGAUACCGUGUCUAUAGGACUACCAGUGUCUUUGGAAGAUUUGUACAAUGGUGCUACUAAAAAGAUGAAAAUCACAAGGAAAGAUCCCAGCGGAACAAGAGAACAGAAGGUCUUGGAAGUUAACAUCAAACCUGGCUGGAAAUCGGGCACUAAAGUCAAUUUCGCUAACGAAGGAGACUACCAACCCGAGUGUGGAGCAAGACAGACUAUCCAAUUUGUCAUUGAGGAAAAGCCACAUCCAACAUUCAAGAGAGACGGUAAUAAUAUCAAAAUGAAUGUGCAUUUAACAUUCAAGGAGUCGCUUUGCGGGUUUGAAAAAGAUGCAACCACCAUAGACGGAAGAAGGAUCCCCUUGAGCAGAUCGAGCCCCGUCCUGCCAAAUACCAGUGUGACGUACCCGGGCUUGGGUAUGCCAAUCAGCAAAUCCCCCGGCCAGAAAGGUGACCUAGAAAUCACAUACAAAGUGGACUAUCCGACGUACUUGACACCAGCUCAAAAACAAGCUAUACAGCAAAACUUCUAG